AUGUGUUUUCCUUUCCGUAUAGCUACAUGGUUUUAUAAUAAUAACUCCACUAACAGUUAUCAGAGAAUUCAGAUGACUAAUUGUCCUAAUUGUGAACAGCAACUCGAUGUAGCCGGUUGGUGUAAAAUAUGUGAAGAAUAUUAUUAUGGCAACUGCCCAAUUUGCAACAAAAAUAGAACUGGCGAGCUUUGGUGUCAACAAUGCGAGGCUCAUGAUUUUCAAAAGAAUUUUAGAAAAUGGACUAGCGGAAAUAAAGAUAUUGAUUUAUUAAUUCAGCAAAGUCAAAUAGACGCCAAACAAAAUUCUCAAGUAUGGGAAUGGAUUCCAUAUACUCAAUUUACUAAUAUUCGCUAUUUAGAUAAAGGUGGUUUUUCAACUGUCAAGUUGGCUACAUGGUUGGAUGGUCCACGUGAUGUCUUUAAUCGAGAUAACCAACGUGUAGAAAGACGUCCUAAUGAAGAAGUUGUUCUUAAAAUAUUGCAUCAGUCGCAAAAUAUUGAUACAGAUUUCUUGAAAGAGCUUGGGUCAAAUUAUGCAUGUAGACUAGCAGGCGUUGGUUGGAUUUUUGGUAUUACUAAAGAUCCGACAACCAAUGAAUUUGUUAUGGUGAUACGAUAUUAUGAAAAAGGUGAUUUGCGAAGGUUUCUCAAACAAAAUGAAGAGCAUUUAACAUGGCGCGAAAAAUUGCUCAUGCUCCAUUAUGUUGCUAGUGCACUUAUGCAUUCUCAAAAUGAAUUUAAUGAUGAAUGGAAGCAAUUUUGUGAAGCGGAUAAUUUGCAUUAUAAUUUGUCUAAUUACAGUCCUAUAGGAGAACUCUACAAGAGUAAAGAUAUAAGAAAACUCUACAAAAGUAAUGAUACAGGAGAACUUUAUAAAAGUAAAGAUAUAACUAGUUUUGUUGAAACAAUUAGAAGUAGCAAUUUUGAAGUAUACAAAGCAGACAACUUACAACAUAACACGUCAAGUGAUGAACUUUAUGUUAGCAAAGAUAUAACCUGCGUUGACAAUAGCUUUGAGCAUUCUGAUCCAGCUUAA